CAUCGUGACACAUUUGCAGUGGGAUCAAUCGCUGCUGUGUAGUGAAUGGAAUCCGAAGUGUUUGUGUAGUGACUGAUAUCGUGAUAGUGUCGGCCUUUGCGGCCGAAAACCUGCGACGGAAGAUACGGACGCGAGCCACGCGGGCUGCAGGCCCGCGAUGAGCGCCAACAACUGCGACAGCAUGACAUAUUUCUCUAACGCAUACAUGCCAGACAUGAGGAACGGUGGCGGACACGAGCAUCAACAAGCACACGCGCACUAUGGCGCUGUGCCGCAACAGGGUCACGAGAUGGAAGGAUGCGAUCAGCAGCUCAGGCCAGCUCAGCAUCAUUACCCCGCGCAACCAGCACCCGGUAUGCCGUACCCAAGGUUUCCACCCUACGAUAGGUUGGGGUACUAUCAACAAAUGGAACAAAAUGGGUAUCGACCUGAUAGUCCAUCUCAGAUGGGACACAUGGGUCCAAAAACCGACGGCUAUGGCCCGAACGGUCACCAGCCCCCGACUCCCGCAGUAUAUACGUCGUGCAAGCUACAAGCAGCGGCAGCAACGGCAGGCGGAGUGCCUGGUAGUCCCCCCUUAGAGCAGGCACAACAGAUGCCUCAUCACAUGCAUCCGCAGCAACAUAUGGCACAGCAUGGGAUGCCCCCGCACCAGCAACACCUCAUGUACCCUGUGGACGACAUGCAGCAUCAGACACAGAUGCCUCCCAUGCAUCAACAGUCAAUGCACGCGCAGCAGGCACCUCCUCAACAACCCCCGCCAAAUACCAACGCGUCGCUGCCUAGUCCACUCUACCCUUGGAUGCGAAGUCAGUUCGAACGGAAGCGGGGACGGCAAACGUACACCCGGUACCAGACGCUCGAGCUAGAGAAAGAGUUCCAUUUUAACCGGUACCUGACGCGAAGGAGACGAAUCGAAAUAGCGCACGCACUCUGCCUCACCGAGCGCCAGAUCAAAAUCUGGUUCCAGAACCGGCGUAUGAAAUGGAAGAAAGAAAAUAAGACCAAAGGCGAGCCCGGCUCCGGAGACGAACCGGACAACAUGAGUCCGCCCACCUCGCCACAGUAAAAGCCUUUAGCUUAGUCGACGGUCCAAGUGAAGGAUCGACCCGUUUCAGAUUUAACCCAACGACAUAACGUCGGUUCGUGUCCAUUUAUUUUCAUAUAAAGUUGUAUUUUGUUCACCGAAAGGAUGAAUCUGAAGCGAUCGAUCCGGCGACCGAAGUUACUAGAUCAGUUUAAUUUGUAUAAAUUGUAUGUUGAACUUUUCAUGAUAAUAUUACAUUAUAACUAAUACGUAACUUAGUGACUUGGCAUAAAGAGUGAGUGUGAUGAAGAGAUUUUUACAGUUGUUAAGUAUAAAUUAAUUUAUAGAACAAUCUCAAUACCAAUAAUUACCAAAAAAGCAGUGUCUAUGAUUAGUAAAACUGCAACAACGCUGAUGUGAUUGUUGACAUUACGUACCUAGUUUGGAUAUUAUUUAAAAACUGCAGUUAGUACGAUGUUUCUCUCGUAUAUUUCCUUGACAUUAUGACAAAGUGCCUGUUUUUAUUUUCCGUAAAGAUUUUUCACAAAUUUAUAAUAUAAUAUGUACUUAUCAGUUGAGGGAAGAACAUUUUCUUUAAUACUGGAUAUUAUAAUUUAUCCGGCGCGAGCACUUUGUGACAAAUUGAUAAAGUCUAUUAAUAUUGAAUUUCAAAACCAUAAGGACCUCUUAUAAUUAACCAUUGAUAAGAAGGCAGUUAGUAACGAUAUUGUUAUUAUUUAAUAUAUUUGAAGUUUUAUUUCUAAUUAAGCUAUCGAAAUGCUAUUUUGUACA